AGAUCAGAAUGAGUAAUGAGUUUGUUGGUGUUUUUCUUUGGUUCCAAUCGCCACGUUUUUUUUAUGCUCUGUAAUUAAUUAAUUAAUAUUACAUUUUAAUUUUGUGUCUCUACUUAACCAUUUGGGUAGAAAAUUGUAUCUUAUUUACUGUUCUGUGUUUUUAUUUUGAAACAUUGUUGAUGAGACUUUUGAAUUUGGUUUGAAAGAAGAAAAGUGAGUGAAAGAAAUAGAGAGAGAGAAAGAGAGAAAGAAACAUUGAUUGUGUGAUCUUCUCUCUUCUUGUUUGUUUUUUUUUCUUCUUCUUUUGAAUAAGUUACAUAGGAGAUGGAUAAUAACACCAUUGAUAUGUCUCAAGGAAAUAGUAACAUUGACUCAAAUAUGGAGGUACAUAAUAGACAAUCAAGUAUUGACAAUGAAGCUUGUGGUAUUCGUGAUGUUUGGGCGAAAAAUUUAUAUGAUGAAUUUAAAGUGAUACGACAAUUGAUACAAAAGUAUCCUUUUGUUGCAAUGGAUACAGAAUUUCCCGGUGUUGUGGCUAGGCCGAUUGGUGAAUUUCGAUCCUCAUCUGAUUAUCAAUUUCAAUUAUUACGAUGUAAUGUUGACCUAUUGAAAAUUAUUCAAUUAGGUUUAACCUUUCUAGAUGAAAAUGGUAAAACUCCACCUGGUUAUAGUACAUGGCAGUUUAAUUUUAAAUUUAGCUUAUCGGAGGAUAUGUUCGCCCAGGAUUCCAUUGAGCUGUUACAAAAUUCAGGAAUUCAGUUUAAAAAACAUGAAGAAGACGGAAUUGACCCGCUUGAUUUUGCUGAGCUUCUCAUCACCUCGGGAAUUAUUUUAAGUGAUGAAGUUAAAUGGCUUUCGUUUCACAGUGGCUACGAUUUUGGUUAUCUACUCAAAAUUUCAACCGAUUCCAAUUUACCAACUGAUGAAACUGAAUUUUUUGAUCUUCUCCGUGUAUACUUUCCAGCCAUUUAUGAUAUAAAGUAUUUAAUGAAAAGUUGUAAAAAUCUCAAAGGCGGUCUCCAAGAGAUUGCUGACCAAUUAGAAUUACAAAGAGUCGGCCCUCAACAUCAAGCCGGCAGUGAUAGCCUAUUAACCGGAGCAGCCUUUUUCAAAAUGCGAGAAAUGUUUUUUGAGGAUAAUAUCGAUGAUGCUAAAUAUUGUGGACAUCUUUAUGGUCUUGGAGCAUCUUACGUUAUGAACGGUAACUGUUUCCCCGAAAAUAGUACGGGUAAAGUGGAUCAUCAUAAUUUUAACAAUUGCUCAAAAGACGAUGAUAUAACAAAUGCAUGAGAUUAAGCAACAACAAUGAAUACAAAUGUCAACCAGAUGAUUUUACAAACAAACAAACAAACAACAACAAAAAACCACAAAAAACACAAAACCAAACCAACCCGAAGAAAACAAACCUUACCCUUUACUUAUAUAUUUGCUUUUACAUGAAUGAUGAAUUUACAUUUAAAACGAUUAUCAAUUAAAAAAAAAAGUUUUUUUCUCUAAAAAAAAUAGAAAAAUACAAUGAAAAAUCAAACUUAAA